AAACGUAACGAUAACUUAAAAUCUUGGGCGAAUUAUCAACUGACUACCGGAUUAGGACUUACCCAUAGAGAAUGGAGAAAACAUGUCAAAAAAGAAAGAAGAAAGCGCAUUAGACAAACCAAAGCCAAGGAGAGGGAUAAUAAACUUUUAGAAGAGCAAAAAUGUCUUGAGGCUUUACCUGAAUAUCAAAAAUGGCUCCAAGAGCAGGAGAUAUUGGAACUCGAGAGGGAGAAAGAGGAGCAAAUACAAUCAACUAUAAGGGAAGAACAAUGGAAAAGGGUAGAAAAAGAAGCUCAAGAACAAUGGCAAGAAAUCCAAAAAAAAAUCGCCCUUGCGAGAGAAGAAAAAAUCAAACAAAAUAUGAAAAUAAAGCUAGAAUGGGAAAAGGAGCAAGAAAAGUUAAAGGAGAUUAAAUUAGCCAAGGAAAAAGAACUAGAGGAGAAACGCAUUCAACAACUAAAACAUGAAAAGGAACUCUUAGAUUUUCUAGAACUAGGUGGAGAUACACCAGAACACCUUAGAACCAACAUGGAGUCUAACCCAGGAAAAAUGACAUGUCCCUUCUUUGCCAAAGUGUUUGCUUGUCGUUUUUUCGAUCAUUGCAGCAGAAACCACAUUAGGCCUGGGGUUAGCAAUAUGAUAUUAAUCAGGAAUUUUUUUAGCGAUCUCAGCUUAGAGGUAAGAGAAACAGAGCACGGCAGUGACUCCAACUUGGAAUUCGAAAAAGAGGAAGUGUAUGAAAGAUAUAAAGAGUUUUUUUAUGAUAUUGUAUUGGAGUUGGAGAAAUAUGGGAAAAUUAUUAAAUUGGUUACAUGUUGCAAUCACUCCCUUCACCUAAGAGGUAAUGUGUAUGUGGAAUUUGAUACUACUAGAGAAGCCCUAGUUUGUUACCAUAAAUUUAAUGGAAGAUGGUAUGCAGGAAGGCAGUUAAAUGUGGAGUUUUGUAAUAUUACCUGCUGGAAAAAUGCUAUUUGUGGCGUAUUUUUUAAGAAAAAAUGUCCAAAGGGUGACGGUUGUAAUUUUUUACACGUUUUCCAUAAUCCUGAAGGGCUUUAUACGAAUACAUUUAGGAAUCGGACGUACAGACAAAAAAGUAAAAGAGAAGGUAGCAGCCGCAGGCGGAAUCCACAAGAUUUGGAAAAAAGCUGGGAUCGCGAUAGCCCUAACAGUAGAAGAAACUGGAGGUGGUCAGAGUCUCCAGAACCAUAUCAAAGAGAAGAACGUAAAAAUGGAGUUCGUGAAUCGACAACAAAAAGACGGCAUGUACAUAAAGAGCGAUAUUCGAGGUCAAGAAAGUCAGACAAGUACAAGAGAUCAAGGUCCAGAAGCCGAGUAAGGAGAAGUAGAAGAAGAUCGAGAAGUAAUGGUAGAAGAUCUAGCAAAAGAUCACGGAGCGCUAGCAGUAAAAGUUCCAAGUCUAGUUGAAACUUAAGUAGUUAAUGUAAAUUAAAUUUCAAUAUUAUCACAGUAUAUAUAAUUUUAUUUAUUUGCAA